UGAUUAGAGACCGUGAUCAGACUACGUGUGUGGCAUGUUCUUUAGACAAUAUUGAUUUCAAUGUUCUUCAUACAAGCCAUCACCCAAUUAAAUAUGUGCAUCUCAUAUAAUUUUUAUUGCGAACUUGGACAAUAAAGAAACGAAGACCAGAAUGACGCGUUCAUAGAGAAGUCCUCUUCUGGCGGCCUCCAAGAAGUUAACAAUAACAAAAACGAAAGAUAGAAAGCAAUACAAGAGAAAGUGACAUGGAAAGAGAGAUUACGAUUAUAAAUGAAUUUGAUUCCACAACUCAAACUAGCGUGAACACUAUGUCUGCUAGGGUAAGUGUUGUUACCUUAAAUUCAGACCGAAAACAAGGUGACUUUAACUGUGUUUGCGCCAAAAUCGAGACUGAUGAAUGGUAUAAUAUGGCUGCUGAUUUGUAUUCUGUGUGUGCCAAAUCAGAACAGGUUCUAUGGGAAGGGAGACAACCAGAUUUCAACAAACAAUAUGGCUUCAAUGUAUUACAUGAACAAACAGGAUGUUUACAGAUGGAUCAAAAUUACAUCAAACAAGAUGGCGUCACCUCCGAAUGUGUGAAAUCAGAACAGACGGAAUGUGAAAUUAUGCAUCAAGAUGUCACCAGACAAGCUUGGCUCAAUUCUGUAUGUGUGAACAAAAACACGAUUGCCAAUUCCAAUGCAUAUACAGCACAAGAUGAGCUCCAUUCUGUAUGUGGGACAAAAAAACAGUUUCUAAAACCAACUACAGGCCAGAGUUAUAUAACAACAAAUGACCUCAAUUAUGUAGGUGGUAUAGCUAAGCAGUAUAUAAAUACAGGCAUGGACAAUGGAAAUACAACAGCAAUUGAUCCAAAUACUUUAUGUGAUCAUUCUAACACAAUUGAGAAUCAGGAACAACUGGCCUGCCUACAAUCUGUAUUUCUAAGUAAGGAAGAGAUUGAAUAUCCAAAUGUUGACCAAUUCUCUGCUAGACCAACUGUUGGUGGAGAGACAAUACAAAUGGACCAUUUUUCAAACCUUAUUGUUGAAAGACAUUCAAACUCCGAAAAAGAUGACUCAGAUGAUGACUUUGUAGAGAUAUUCUUUGAAAGAGACAAAAGGAAAAGCGAGAGCUGUCAUACAACUCUUGUGGCUCCAAAGAGAUUUCGAGGUCAGGAUUCGUCCAGUGGCGUAGUCCAGCCAAGGAGUCCUUCAACAAAAGAAAAUGCAGAGAAUGCUGUGACAACUACUGUCCCCCUUGCUCUGAAACCAGCUAAGAUGAAAUCGAACGAAAUGGGUGACCAAGUGAAGAAGGUAAAGAGAAUGAAGAAAGCCAAGACCCCAGAAAAAGACACGUCUGAGUACAAUCAGAGGAACCUGACCAGCUGUAUGAACCUGGCACCUCGAGAUAAUGACCAUUUGCUCUACUGUGGAGAUUGCAACAAGGAGUUUGAAGGGGACUGCCCUUUCCAUGGACCCUAUAACUACAUACAGGACAAAGAGGUGCCAGAAGGGGACUCUCUUAAAGCCGACCAUACAUUGUCAGAUUGCCUUGAAAUCAAAACGUCAAAAAUAGCAGGAGCUGGUCUUGGAGUAUUUUCCAAGGAGGGACUGGAAUCCAGGGUCAUGUUCGGACCGUAUUGGGGCGAUAUCAUGGCUGACAACCACAAAUCAGGAUAUUGCUGGCAGGUGAAGACCUUAAAGGAAGGCAAACCAAGCCACGUUGUGGAUGUCCAGAACAAGGCCGACUCUAACUGGAUGAGAUACGUGAACUGUGCAAUGACGAAGGCAGAUCAGAACCUUGUAGCGUUUCAGUACAAAGGAGGAAUCUAUUACUGCACAUUGAAACCAGUUUCACCAGGAGAGGAACUGCUGGUCUGGUACGGAGACGAAUUCGCUAGAGAACUUGGCCUCAUCAGUGACAAAAACGUGUGCAGUUAUUCCAGUAAAGACAGUGGUCACUUAGAGAUACACAUGAGGAAACAUACAGGAGAAAGACAGUACACAUGUGAGGUGUGUGGCUAUUUAUGUAAAAAGAGUGGUAGCUUGAAGACACACAUGAGGAUACAUUCUGGAGAAAGACCGUACACGUGUGAGGAGUGUGGUUAUGCUUGUAAACAAAGUGGUGUGUUGAAGAGACACAUGAGGAUACAUACAGGAGAGAGAAAGAACAAGUGUGAGGUGUGUGGCUAUGAAUGUAACAGGAGUGAAAACUUGAAGACACACAGGAGGAUGCAUACAGGAGAGAAAGAGUACAAAUGUGAGGUGUGUGGUUAUGAAUUUAAUCAUAGUGGUAACCUGAAGACACACAUGAAGAUACAUACAGGAGAGAGAGAGUACAAAUGUGGGGUGUGUGGUUAUGAAUGUAACCAAAGUGGUACCUUGCAAAGACACAUGAAGAUACAUACAGAAGAGAGACCGUACAAGUGUGAGGUGUGUGGCUAUUUAUGUAAACUGAGUUUUAACUUGCAGAAACACAUGAGGAUACACACAGACGAAAAACAGUACAAGUGUGGGAAGUGUGGCUAUGCAUGUAAACGUAGUGGAGAUUUGAAGAGACACAUGAUGAUACACACAGGAGAAAGACCGUAUAAGUGUGAGGUGUGUGGCUAUUUAUGUAAACAGAGUGGUAGCUUGAAGACACACAUGAGGAUACAUUCUGGAGAAAGACCGUACACGUGUGAGGAGUGUGGUUAUGCUUGUAUAGCAAGUGGUGUGUUGAAGAGACACAUGAGGAUACAUACAGGAGAGAGAAAGAACAAGUGUGAGGUGUGUGGCUAUGAAUGUAACAGGAGUGAACGCUUGAAGACACACAUGAAGAUACAUACAGGAGAGAGAGAGUACAAAUGUGGGGUGUGUGGUUAUGAAUGUAACCAAAGUGGUACCUUGCAGAGACACAUGAAGAUACAUACAGAAGAGAGACCGUACAAGUGUGAGGAGUGUGGCUAUUUAUGUAAACUGAGAGGUAACUUGCAGAAACACAUGAUCAUACACACAGACGAAAGACAGUACAAGUGUGGGGAGUGUGGCUAUGCAUGUAAACGUAGUGGAGAUUUGAAGAAACACAUGAGGAUGCAUACAAGAGAGACAGAGACUGUACACGUGUAAGAUGUGUGAUUUUGCAUGUAAAAAAGUGGUCACUUGAAGAGACACAUGAUGAUACAUACAGGAGAGAAACUGUACACGUGUGGGGUGAUUUUGCAUUUAAACAAAGAAGUUUGUUGAAGACACAUAUGAUGAUGCAUACUAAGUGUUUUUCCCAUGCCGUUUUAGCGUGGCGCGGCGCCAUGCCUUUUUUGAAGCGCCACGCUGCCCCCUUUCAAAGCCAUUUAGCGCCACCCUGCCCUUUCCAAAGGCCGCCGCUCCGCCAUUGCAUUAGCACCCACUGUUUUCCGCCCUUAUUGAUAACAUCUUUAUUGCCCCUUGACCAAACUUCUAAGCCGACUAGUAUCAGAUUAUGGCCCCAAGGCAGCGAAGGUUCGCGCGGCUGUGAAUUAGUCAUGCGUGAAGAACCCCGUGUCAAUACCAAUCGAUAAUGUCAGAGGCUAUGUUAUACCAAGCGCACUAAUCGCUCGGUGAUGUUACUUCGGAGACUUUUGAUGAAAAACUCGAUGUUAUCCUCGUGGAAAUUGUGCAUUUCAUGCAUAAUUCAGUUAUAUCAAAACAUAUAUUUUAACGCAUAUUUACAUUUGAAAACACAAACAAAUUAAUUCUUUAUCGCUAUCGUCUUUAAGAUACUAAUUGAAUAAAAUGCGAAUCGCGUAUUAGGCGGACGUAUUUUACGAUUUUACGUUGCGAUGCGCACCUGUCGCUAAAUCAUUUUAACAAGAUGGCGGACAUGCAUAAUUAAAUUGUGACUCGGCAAAAAUGGCAAAUAACGUCGUAAACGAUCGAAUUAACGAUGGAGAUCAUACAUUUAGAUGGAAAUAAUGAAAUGUCUGUGAUAAUCAACAAUGCAUUAACAUAUUUUAGAUAGCAACAACAUAUUUAUGUUUAAUCUACUCAGUGCUUGUAUGUCACGGAAACGAGUGUUUGCAUAUUGUUAGCGAUCAAUUUACUCGCAAUGUUUAACAUCUGACAAGAGUAUCGUUAGAAAAUGGGAUAAGACGAACAUGGUUUCGUUUAUAUGUUAGUGCAUCUGUGUAUAAUCAGAUUCAUUUGCAUAUAUUGCUUUAUUAUGUUUGUCGUGCUGUACAGUGUAUUGAAGCAGCAUGGAACUUAAAUGUACAUUGGAAGGUAAAUAUAUUAAUAUAAAUCAAAGUAAGUUAAAUACAGCAAUUACCAUUAAAUGUGCUUGUUUAUAUUUUUUCCACAAUGCGAUUACAUGUUUCUCCCUAAUUCAGAUAUUCACGGAACUUUUUUGCCCUUUUUUGCCUAAACUGCGCGCUAAAAUGUCCUUUUUGAAAGUAAUGCGCCAUGCCCCUUUCCCUCCUUGGAAAAACACUAGCAUACAGGCGAUAGACCAUACACGUGUUAGGUGUGUGGUUAUUUAUGUAUCCAGAGUGAUCGCAUGAAGAGACACACGAAGAAGCAUGCUUGGUUAUACUUGUAAAGAUAUUGGUGAUUUAAGAAACGCAUGAGGAUACAUUCAGUAGGAAGACUUUAACAUGUGUUAGGUGUGUGGUUAUUCAUAUAUCCAUAGGAGGAAGACUUUACAGAGUGUUAGGUUUGUGGUAACCCAUGUUACCAGAGUGAUCCCUUGAAAACUUGAUGAUGCACAUGAUGAUAUAUAAGACUAUAAGAGAAGAAAGAGCUAAACAUGAACAUAUACAAAAAUCUCUGAAGCCAGUAGAGAGAUCCAGUGACGCAUGUUAUUGUGCAUGACUUUAUGACGCAACAAAUCAUUGCUUUGUUAGAGCUGCAUUCAGUCUCAAUUUUAAUUUACUCGUCCAUUGUUUUUUAAAAUUUAAUAUGAACAGUGCCUCAUGCAUCUCGUUACCUGCAUAGCCCAUCUUCAAAUUGAAAACACCCAUAGCUUAAUUCACUGUACACUUCACUGCGGAAAAAUGGCGUUCUUUUGUUCAUAUUUAACAUGAGUUUCAUAAUUUGCAUUUUAAACCCCAUUACUACUCAAAAUAGACGAAAUUUUCGUACAAUAUUUCGUAAAAUAAAGUUAAACAAUUAAACAUCAGUGUACUUCAUGGUCAUUGCCGAAAUUUGAAUGCCAGAUGUGGUCUGGUAAAAAAGAUGAUGGUUAAUACAAAAUGCUCGUUAUUAGCUCUACUUUUGGAAGAAAAAUGAGAGCUAUGCUACUCGCCCCAUCGUCGCCGUCGGCGUCGCCGUUGGUUAAAGUAUUUUAUUAAGUCAAAUAACUUUAACACUAUCAAAGAUAAUUAACUCAAACUUGGAAUACUUCUUUAUGGCAACAAGACAAUUGUGUAGGUCAAGAUGCAUAACUCUGUCAGCAUUAUUUCAGAGUUAUGUCCCUUUUUAUACUAAGAAAAUUGAAAAUUUGGUCAGGUUUUGUGUUUAGAUCCACUUUAUUCCUAAAGUAUCAAAGCUAUUGCUUUCAUUCUUGCAACACUAACUAUCAUAAGGGGACUGUGCAGGCAAAGUUAUGCAACUCUGACUGGCAUUUUGACAAAAUUAUGGCCCCAUACAUCCUUAGAAAAUUGAAAAUUUGGUUAAGUUUUGUGUUUCGGUACAUUUGACUCCUAAAGUAUCAUAGCUAUUGCUUUCAGACUUGGAACACUCGCUAACUAUCAUAAGGGGACUGUACAGAACAAGUUGCAUGACUCUGGUUGGCAUUUUGACGGAACUAUGGCCCUUUUUUCACUUAGUAACAUCGAUUAUUUUGUUAAAUUUUGAAUUUACAUGCACUUUACUUCUAAAGUAUCAAGGCUAUUGCUUUAGUACUUCACAUUCUUUCUUACUAUUAUGAGGGUACUGUAGCUGGCAAGUUGAAUUUGACCUUGACCUUUGAAUGACCUUGAUUCUCAAUGUCAAAUAAGUAAAUUUUGCUUAAAUUGCCAUAAAUUAUUUAUUUAGGAUUUGAUUCAUACUUUGACAAAACAACACUUGCCUGACAUACCACAAUGGACCCCACCCAAACCAUCCCCCACGCCCCACCCCAGAAUUCCCCCCCCCCAAAAAAAAUAUUUUUUCCUUAGCAGUUGAACUGUCCGUCAGUCUGUGCGUCCGUCGGAAAACUUUAACGUCGGUCAUAACUUUUGCAAGAUUGGAGAUAGAAACUUGAUAUUUUGGCUUUCAAUGUUUAUCUCAUGAAGCUGCACAUUUUGAGUGGUGAAAGGUCAAGGUCGUCCUUCAAGGUCAAAGGUCCAAUAUAUGGCGUCUGUCCGAAAACUUUUACAUUUGUCAUAACUUUUGCAAUAUUGAAGAUAGCAACUUGAUAUUGGGCAUGCAUAUCUCGUGGAGCUUCACCUUUUGAAUGGUGAAAGGCCAAGGUCAUCCUUCAAGGUCAAAGAUAAAGGUCAAAUUUUGCAAUAUUGAAGAUAGCAAUUCGAUAUUUGACAUGCAUGCGUAUCUCAUUGAGCUGCACAUUUUUAGUGCUGAAAGGUCAAAGGUGUAGGUCAAAGGUCAAACUUUGCAUUAUUAAAGAUAGCAACUCGAUAUUUGGCAUGCAUGCGUUUCUCAUGGAGCUGCACAUUUUAAGUGUUGAAAGGUCAAGGUCAUCCUUCGAGGUGAAGGUCAAAUGUUUCAAUAUUGAAGAUAGCAACUCGAUAUUUGGCAUGCAUGAGUAUCUCAUGGAGCUGCACAUUUGGAGUUGUGAAAGGUCAAGGUCAUCCUUCAAGUUCAAAGGUCAAAUUUUGCAAUAUUGAAAAUAGCAACUCAAUAUUCGGCACGCAUGCAUGUCUCAUGGAGCUGCACAUUUUGAGAUGUGAAAGGUCAAGGUCAUCAUUCAAGAUGAAAAAUCAAGGUCAAAGUUAAAAUUUUGCAAUAUUGUAGAUAGCAACUCGAUAUUUGGCAUGCAUGCAUAUCUCAUGGAGCUGCACAUUUUGAGUGGAGAAAGGUCAAGGUCAAAGGUCAAUGUAAAAUUUUGCAAAAUUGAAGAUAGCAACUCGAUAUUUGUCAUGCAUGUGUAUCUCAUGGAGCUGCACAUGUUGAAUGGUGAACGGUCAAGGUCAUCCUUCAAGGUCAAAUGUAUGGCUUAAAAGCGUCGCAGUUGGAGGAAUUGUGUUUCACGAACACAGCUCUUGUUUUCUUCUUAUAUUUUAAAUAUUAUCUAAUAAAUUACCACACAUUAUUCCCCCUCAACCCCCCUCCCCUACACACACACAAAAAGAAUUAAUUUUUUUUUAAACAUGGUUAAAAAAACACAAAUAUGUAUUUUUAUUAUUUUAUUUUUAAACGACCGUCCAACCAUCCCACCCAAGCUUUUGCUAUCAAACUUUAAAUAUAAUCUUAUUAGUUUGUUUUAUGUCUUUACAAAUGUUGAGUAGAUUGUGGAAAGAUACCUGAACUCAGAAUCGUCUAUAAUGUACCACUUCUUUAAAACAUAAGCGAUCAGUAUGUUUCAAUUAUGGUCCUCUUCCAGUUAAAAUAUGACUAUAUUACCGUGACCUUAUUGAAUAUGAACAAUUACCACAUGAUGGCUUACGUUGUACUGUCAAGCACUCGAAAAGUCGAGCGCGAUGUCUUCUGACAGCUCUUGUUAUUAUUAUUUUUCAUAUUUAAUUUCAUUUUAAUUUCCCGCAACGAUAUCUAAUCAUACGACACAUGAUCACUAAUAUGGUACCAUUUUAGUGUUCGUGUGUCGUAUAAAUAGAUAUAUUCGCGGGAAAUUAAAAUGGAAUUAAUUGUGCCACAAUUAAAUAAAAACGAGCAUUUUGUAUCUACAAAAAUCUAUGUAAUCAUACUACAUCUAGCGUUGAAAUCGUGGCUAUCGCUAUAAGGAACACUGAUUGUUUAGGUGUUAACUUUAUUUUACGAAAUACUCGUUGAUUUUGAGCGCUAUAGAGGCUUUAAAAAAAUACUUUUGUUUAAUCUUAGAUAAACAGUUUUUAUUAUCUUUGAGAGCAGAUGGUGGAGUUCUUAAAUUUGGGUUGGUUUAAAUUCGCUUCCGUUCAGAGGGGUUUUCAUAACAUAGGCUUUCUCUCGAAUAAUUAGAGUUCUGUUGGUUUCUUGAAUGUCAUUUACGACAAGAAGAUAAUUGCGUUGUUCAUUUUUACCUUUGUUAAGGUUUGCACAAUUUUUUUUUAGUUUUUUGUUCAUUGUGUUCUACGUGUUUUACUCUCGCUUUUAUGAUUUUUCCAUCAAUAUGUUUAUAGUAAAUGUCUUCUUACUCUUGCUUUGAAUGAUUUCACAUAAAAUAAUGUGUUUGCGAUGGUA